GAGAAAGAAACAUCCACUGGUUCUCUUGCACACCCCCCACUGGGGAUUGAGCCUGCAACCUGGGCAUGUGCCCUGGAAAUCAAACCAGUGAACUCUUGGUACAUGGGUGGAUGCUCAACUACUGAGCCACACCGGCCGAGCUCAUUUUCAUUCAAACAUUAUUUCAGCACUCCAUCCUGAAGUUACCUAGCUUAAUAAUAAUUUUUAAAAAUUCCUGCAAAUGAAUGUUUGGAUAUAGGUGUGAUAAGUGCACCAAAAUGUAUGUUUCUCCAAGUCGGGUUGGUCACUCCCAAGUCCACACUUUACUGCUUUAAGCUGGCACCACCGUAAACACGGGAGGUGCUCCCAGGAGGGUUCUUUCUCACGGAGGCCUGGAGCGCCUAGCCGGGUGGUUGUGGGGUCUCCAAAGAGUCAGGGCCAGAAAAUCAGUCCCAGGCCGCCUGAAGGAAACGAAACCACAGUCCGAUCACCUUGACUGCACACUCUCCAAGAUCGUCUCUCGAUUCUUCACACGGACAGCAGGAAGGUGCAAUCGCAGGCACCCCAGCAACCAGCUCACACCGAGAGGACGUCGAGCGUCUGCCAAUGCGCCUGCGCCGGCCGGCGGGGGCGGGGCGUACGCGGAGCGUGCUGGCGGGUCGGGCGGGGAGUAACCGCAGCCGGGCUUCGCACCUCAACUGCCGUGGCAGUUGUGCCCCGGAGUCACUCUUUUAAAAGUCCUGCGACGCUGUGUGUUAUGCUUCCGGGGGGUCUUUAGUGGGUUGCGCCAAGCGGAGCAUUGGUUCUCACAAUGUCAACGGUCAAGGAGCAGCUUAUUAAGAACCUGGUUGUGGAAGAUAAAACCUCCCACCAGAAGAUCACCGUCGUCGGGGUCGGUGCGGUGGGCAUGGCUUGCGCCAUUUGUAUCUUAUUGAAGGAUUUGGCUGAUGAACUCGCCCUUGUUGAUGUUGCAGAGGACAAGUUGAAGGGAGAAAUGAUGGAUCUUCAGCAUGGCAGUCUUUUCUUUGCUACUUCAAAGAUUGUUGGUGGAAAAGAUUAUCGUGUAUCUGCAAACUCCAAAUUAAUUAUUGUCACAGCAGGUGUACGGCAACAGGAAGGAGAAAGUCGUCUUUCCCUGGUUCAACGUAAUGUGGAUAUCAUGAAAUCAGUUAUUCCUGCCCUGGUCCAGUAUAGUCCCGAUUGUAAGAUGCUUAUUGUCUCAAAUCCAGUGGAUAUUUUGACAUAUGUGGUCUGGAAGCUAAGUGGCUUACCUGCCGCUCGUAUAAUUGGAAGUGGUUGUAAUCUAGACUCUGCCCGUUUCCGUUACCUGAUUGGAGAGAAGUUGGGUGUCCAUCCCACUAGCUGCCACGGUUGGAUUAUUGGAGAACAUGGUGAUUCUAGUGUGCCCUUAUGGAGUGGGGUGAAUGUUGCUGGUGUUGCUCUGAAGACUCUAAACCCUAACUUAGGAACUGAUUCAGACAAGGACCAAUGGAAAACUAUCCAUAGACAAGUUGUUGAGAGUGCCUAUGAGAUUAUUAAGCUGAAGGGGUACACCUCUUGGGCUAUUGGCCUAUCUGUGACAAAUCUGGUAGAAUCCAUUUUGAAAAAUCUUAGGAGAGUGCAUCCAGUUUCGACUAUGGUUAAGGGCUUAUAUGGAAUAAAAGAAGAAAUCUUUCUCAGUGUCCCUUGUAUCUUGGGGCAAAGUGGUAUCUCAGAUAUUGUGAAAGUUAACUUGAAUUCUGAGGAGGAGGACCUUUUUAAGAAGAGUGCAAACACACUUUGGAAUAUCCAAAAAGACCUGGUAUUUUAAAGCCUUUUAAUGUUCCACUGUUUUAUAGAACAGAAGAUAACAAACUGUGUAUUUUACAUUUUGAAAGUAUUUUCAUCUGAUAUGAAAAAUAUAAGGCGGCAUUGGAGACCUAUAGCAUACUCCAGCCUCUCAAGGGUAGAAAAAGGAAGUGGUAAGGAAAUUUAUCCUCUUUUAUGAAUCUCGCAUUGCUCUAUUCUAAGAUACCCAACCUGUACAAAUCUAAGAGUGGCCUUUGGGUUUAAUAAAAUAUAUAUAACAAUCCAUUAUAAUAUAGAACUUAAGAUUUUUUUCACAAAACAAGCACUUUUUCUAGUAUUGAAAUUUUAUCUUGUGCUUUCUUCCCUUAGGGAAACAGCAUAUUCACUUGAUAUUGCUUCAUGUGUCUAUGUGUAAUUUUUACUGAGUGCUUAUUUUUAAGACCAUGUAUUUCAGAAGGAAAAUAGAAAUAUACCUUUUUGGUGUAAAAAAAUUUAAAUAUCUUCAACCCUGCAAGUAUAAUACCAAUUAAUCUAAAUUCAAAUUGUGGAUUUGGUGUCUUUGUUGAAAUACUACACCGGGAGCUUAGACCAUCACAUUAGAUAUAAGUGAAAAUUAAGCAUUGUGGAAAAUAAAUAUAAGGAAAUGUCUUGGUUUGUGUGAUUAACUGAAACUAAUGUGAAACAUGGAACCUCUGAUUUCCAACUUUCAAUUUGGAAAUCGAUUACAUUUCUUUCCAAUUCGUUCAGCAAAUUACUAUUAUUCUUGCUGUGUAAUGAUUAUAAGUCAAUAUGACAUGAUUUCUGCCCUCCAGUAUCUUACAGUGAGUAUUUAAGGUACAUCAACUAAUUAAUUAUUAAUGUAUGCUUUAUACAAGUCAACUGAUAGCUCCCUCUUUGUGUCCAAUCUAGGAGUGAAUGUUCUUCUUUUGAUUUAUAUAUACAAAUAUAUGUGUAUGUACAUAUAAUAUGUAACAUAUGUAUUUCCUUUACUCCACAAAGAAUUAAGGCAGCUGUAGGAAAUACCAAUGAAACAAAAGCUAAGAAAUCAGGACCAAGGUGAUUUACAAAUUAGACUAGAGCAGUGGGAAAAGUUAGAAGGCAGCUGUGCCGGCCCUGAGGACUUGCAUGGCUCUAGUGCAGGUGUACCUAUUGCAAAGAGAGUCACAGUUCACCCUCUUAGUCUUGCUACUGUGAUAGCUUUCAUUCCAGUCAUUUACUACCAAACAUGAUUCGUUCCCUAUUAUUUUGUUAUUUAAAUUUUUAUUGAUUUCAGAGAGGGAGAAAGAGAAACAUCAGUGAGAGAAUUAUUGAUCGGCUGCCUCUUGCACACCCCCUAUUGGGGAUUGACCCUGCAACCCCAGGCAUGUGCUCUUGACAGGAAUUGAACCCAGGUCCCUUUAGUCCACAGGCCGCC